AUGAGCCCGCUCGCCGACGCGACGGUCUUCGAGCUGCUGCACCUGCCGGAGGCAGUGGAGCACCUCGUCUUUCCCUAUGAGGUCGGCGCCGCCGCCCGCGGCCGCCGGGGCCGGCCCCGGGAGAGGCAUCGCCAGGGCGAGGAGAAGGGCCUGGGGGACGUCCCCGUGGACAUCCUCGAGACCCCCACGGCGUACACCUUCUUCCUCGACGUCCCCGGCCUCUCCAAAUCCGACAUCCAGGUACAGUGGACAGGACCUUACUUCUUCACCGUCGCCGGCCGGUCACCGACGGAGGUCGUCCAUGGCUGCAGGUGACUGUAGAGGAGGAGAUCAUGCUGGUGAUAAAGAGCAGCGGGAAGAGGAAGAGGGAGGAAGGUAAGGAGGAAGAGGAAGGGGCCUGCAAGUACCUGCGGCUGGAGAGGACGGCAGCCUCCUUCAAGUUCCUCCGGAAAUUCAAGCUCCCAGAGGACUCGGACGCCAGCAGGAUCUCCGCCCGGUGCCAGAACGGCGAGCUCAGGGUCACUGUGGAGAAGCGCCCCCCUCCUCCAAAAGACCUCAUCAAGCGGAAGACGGUGCAGGUCGGCAUAGCCUAG